AGAACAAAAGAAAACAAGAAAAAGAAAAACGAUAUGCUUAGUAUGGCAAUAACUUCUCAACGUCUCUUCUUCUUGACCAUUUUUCUCUGUCUUCUCCCUAUCUCCUUUCCAAACCCGUUAUUAGAUGAUCACGACCGUCCAAUGACAUUCAUUGUCCACAUGGCAAAAUCACAAAGGCCAUCUGUCUUCCCCCCCCCCCGCCAAUGGUACACCUCCAUCAUCGAAUCCCUUCCUCCUUCCCGUCACCCUUCAAAGAUCCUUUACGCCUAUGAGAAAGUUGCUAAUGGCUUCGCUGCUAGCCUUAAUCUUUCCCAAGCUGAAAAGCUUAAGAACAUUCAUGGCAUUCUUUCUGUUAUGCCUGACGAAUCCCACCAACUCCAAAUCACGCACACAUACAAAUUUUUAGGACUCCCCACUAGGCCUGGAAUUUGGCCCUACUCCAACUACGGCGAAGACGUCAUCAUCGGAGUUCUCGACACCGGAAUUUGGCCACAACACCGGAGUUUCUCGGACAAAGGAUUGUCCCCAGUUCCAAAAACAUGGAAAGGCAAAUGUGAGACGUGGGAUGACUUUCUAGCUUCGUUUUGUAAUCGGAAACUCAUCGGUGCAAGAGCGUUCCUCGCGGGGUAUCACAUGUCUAAUUUAGGCGGAUCCGGAUUGAAUCAAUCGGCAGAAACAAACUCCCCUAGAGACACAGAUGGCCAUGGGACACACGUAGCUUCAACAGCAGCAGGAGCUGUAGCGUCAAACGCAAGCUUUUUCGGGUACGCCAAAGGGGUGGCCAUAGGCGUUGCUCCGAAAGCCCGUAUUGCCGUGUACAAAGUCUGCUUAACUAGUACAUGUAAGCAAUCUGACAUGUUGGCUGGCAUGGACCAAGCAGUCUCCGACGGGGUUCAUAUAAUAUCCAUGUCCAUCUCUGGCGGAACUGAUCCGUACUAUAAGGAUAUCAUGGCCAUUGCAAGCUUUGGAGCUAUGCGACACGGCGUUCUUCUCUCUCUGGCUGCCGGAAACGACGGACCUGAUCCAUUUACAGUCAACCAUCUCCCCCCUUGGGUACUAACCGUCGGCGCUUCCAGCGUCGACAGAGAAUUUAGCGCCGACGUUGCUCUUGGUGAUGGUAGAACUUUCCUCGGUUCCUCCCUCUAUUAUGGACCCCAUUUUCCCUUCUACAAACAAUAUAAACUGGUCUACGCUGGGGAUUUUGGGAACAAGUUUUGUUCCCCUGGCGACUUCACCAAUCAAAACCAACUCGCCGGCAAAAUCGUUGUGUGUGACUACGGGGGCGAAACGAGUAGUCUCGACAAGGGAUUCGCAGUGAAAGAUGUUAAUGGUCGUGGAACAAUAAUAGCGAAUAAUGCACAAGUUGGGGAAGAGCUUAGUGCUGAGCCACAUGUUACGCCAACAACUCAAGUUGGUAUAAAGGAUGGGAGAAAAAUAAAAAGAUACAUCAAGUCGAGCCGAAAUCCAACUGCAAACAUUCUCUUCCAUGGAACAGUGAUUGGGACUUCACCGCCUGCUCCAAGAGUUGCGGCGUUUUCGAAUCGCGGUCCAAACCCUCUGACACCGCAGAUUCUCAAACCAGACGUCAUAGCUCCAGGUCUCAACAUCUUAGCUGCUUGGACUCAAGUCGUUGGUCCAUCGGGCGAAGGUGAUACUAGACAAGUUGAGUUCAACAUAAUAUCAGGCACUUCAAUGGCUGCUCCACAUGUUAGUGGGAUUGCCGCUUUGCUUAGAAAUGCUUACCCUGAUUGGUCACCUGCUGCUAUAAAAUCUGCCCUCAUGACAACAGCUUACGAUUUGGAUAAUUCUGGACAAAGCAUCAAAGAUCUCGCGACGGGCAAGAAGUCGACGCCUUUUGUUCAUGGAUCAGGUCAUGUGGACCCCAACAGAGCUCUCAAUCCGGGUUUGAUAUAUGACAUGGGUGUGAGUGACUACGUCGGAUUCCUCUGCUCCAUUGGUUAUGAUUCCGAGCAAAUUAGUGUAUUUUUUAGAAAACUAGUACGCUCAGACAUAUGUGAGAAAACAUAUGAUCAUCUUGGGGCUAGAGUUACACCGGGAGAUCUAAACCUUCCAUCGUUUUCGGUGGUUUUCGAUAAUGAAGGGGAGACAGUCAAGUAUAGGAGAACUGUUACGAACGUGGGGAGCAAUGUUGAUGCAGUGUAUGUGGUGAGUGGUGAAGCACCAGCAGGAUUUAGUUGGAGUGCUACUGCCACUGACUCUGUAGCUUCCAUAUGA